AUGUCAUCCUUGAGAUCGGAAUGGCUUUGGUCUCUUAUAGAGCCUAUAUUUAUGCUGAAGUCUGCCGUGUAUCACUAUCUGAAAACAUUACUUUUAGCGAUUGCAAAAGGUGAUCUGCCUCUCUCAGGCACGCAAUGGCAGAAAAUCAGGGGAACCGCAUUCUCUUCCCUCUGGCUGGAAUUUUCCGCCCCCAAGCCUCCUGGUGGGCCCCCUUCGCUAUCGGCCGGGCUACUCCCGCCCCUUUUAUCACAGGCCACUGGGGUGGUGUUGGAGGUCGGUCCUGGCAGUGGCAGUCAAAUGUCGUUACUCAAAUCCGACAUGAUCAACCGAGUGUACGGUGCGGAACCAUGCGAAGAGCUCCACUACAAGCUUCAGAUCCAAGUCGAUCACCAUCAAAUGCAGGAUAAAUACCACAUCCUGGCGGCAGGUGCAGACGCCAAUGCAUUGACUACUGAGCUGAUCCGAGGUGGAUUUAUUCAGUCGUGGAAACCUGGGGACACUGUAUUUGAUACCAUAAUUUGUGUUCGCACACUGUGCAGCAUGAAUGACGCAAACACGGCUGUUUUGGACUUAUACCGACUUCUCCACCCAGGAGGGAAGAUGUUGAUUUGUGAGCACGUCGCCAAUCCAUGGAAGACUGCCAAAGGGUCUCUGAUAUCCCGGCUCUUCCAGCAGAUAUAUAUGCUUUUGGGCUGGGCUUUUUUCAUUGGGGACUGCCGAAUGAAUCAAGAUACGGAGUCCAUAUUGACGAAAGCUGUAGAAAGCGAUGGUGGUUGGAAAGAAGUGAAUUUGGAGAUGGCGGCGUCUUACUCCACCUUUCCAUAUCUACACGGCAGUCUUGUCAAACAAGAAAAUCGAAUCUUCUGA